AUGUCAGCCCAACGGCAGGCCAACGGCAGUCCAACGGCAGCCUAUGGCAGUCCAACGGCAGCCUAUGGCAGUCCAACGGCAGCCUAUGGCAGUCCAACGGCAGCCUAUGGCAGUCCAACGGCAGCCUAUGGCAGUCCAACGGCAGCCUAUGGCAGUCCAACGGCAGCCUAUGGCAGUCCAACGGCAGCCUAUGGCAGUCCAACGGCAGCCUAUAGCAGUCCAACGGCAGCCUAUAGCAGUCCAACGGCAGCCUAUGGCAGCCCAACGAGAGCCCAACGGCAGGCCAACGGCAGCCCAACGAGAGCCCAACGGCAGGCCAACGGCAGGCCAACGGCAGCCUAA